UGCUCCCCAUUUUCCUUCUCCCUCCACCUCCUCCCUUAGUUUACUCCCUCCCAGACCUCAAUCAGAACCAACGGCUAACUGCUCACCAGUGCAUAGCCCGCAGUCAACGCCACCGACUCAACGAUCGUCAUUCGAAGGCACUAACUCAAAACCGAAAAAAGUCAGCUUUUUUCGCAAAUUAAGCCGGUCAAAAGAACCUCCUGCGCCGCCACCAGUCAAGAUGCAACAGCCGUCUUUGGAAAUGGCUCUCCGAGAGCUGACUCAUCCAUCACAUAAUGAACAAUUGAAAAAUCAACAACAAGUCACUUUUAAAUUAGUUAAAACAGUCGCUGACUUUACGACGCAAUUGUCGCAGGUGUAUGAACGACACUCGGCUGAACUACAGGUGCUCGUCGCGAAUUUUCGCAAGAGAAACAGUGAACUUCGCAAAGAAAGGGCCUCAUGUCCAUCAUCGUUAUUUCACACGUGGGAGACGUUCCUCCAAGAAGUGGAGGCUGACGUGGUUGGCUUCAGCAACGCUUCAACAUCCCUCGAAAGAUCCGUUGCCACACCUCUUGUGGAGAAAACGUUCCACAUGAAAGUGCAAGCUAGAAAACUGUUCGCGCAUCGUGAAGGCUGCGAGGUCAUCCUUGGAAAAGCGGACGAUCAACUUAACAAGAGUCGACAGGACUACAGGGCUGCUUUCCUGAACUACUGCGACAAUUCAAGCCCAGCAAACCUCGCAACCUACUACGAUUCGCAUAACAACUACGUGCAACAAUUAACAGCCACUAAUGCUAUGAUAGAGCAAUAUCAUACGCACACGUUGCCAACUAUCCUGCAGGAAUUGGAGGAAAUUUUAACGGACGUAACGGCGGCCGUCAGCGAUGCCAUUUGUCAGGACGGCGAAAUUAUCUCCGAAAAGUGCAACCAUCAGCUAAGAAGAUACGAGUCGUUAUGCGCGCAGUCCCGAGCGGUGUCCAGUACAGCAGAUUUAGCUCACUUGGCGCGUACGCUGCUAAUCAACCAGCCGCCGCUGAGGACUCCCAAGAGGAACUUUCUCCCGCCCUAUCCACCGGAACCUGACGAUCCGCCCAUCGACGUGCCUGCAGAAGCGAUGCCUCCAGUACUCAGAGGAGAGAUGUUACUGGAUAGGAUGAGGGGUGGACAGGCGAGACUCAAUUACGAGCAAUUAAGGCAAGACGCUGAGGAUCUCGAGCUGCAAAUCAAACAACUGCAGGAAAGCUUGGACUCGCUAGUUCGUCUACAAAAUCGUAGUCUCGAGAAUAGUAUUUACGGGAAAGUCAACGAAAUUCAAGAGGAGAUAUCUGUGAAGAAAUAUGACUACAGGGCAACUCAAUUGCACCUGGCCGCUGUUAGAGCUCAGAGGGAGCUGUUCGCGGCUAAAGCAGAUAGCAGUGCACCAGACCGCAAGUUAUCAUCCUCAUCAACCGGCAGCAUGAAGAACAAGUGGCUCAAAGCUUUUAGAAGCCUCAAACCCCCUACCGCUCCACCGCCACACGCGGGCCAAGACAAAAAAAAUCAAAUGUACCACGCGGUGUCUACGGUUAUGGCGAUGAGGAGGAAUGGAGCCGCCCGCGAUAUGCGAGGCGGAGACUCGGAAGCGCAUAAUUUUCAAGAAUACACCUACAAGAAAAUAACUCCUUGCGAUGUUUGCUCACAAGUUCUACGAGGUCACACUCGACAAGGUCUGCGAUGCCGUAUGUGCAAGAUGAACGUGCACACAGACUGCAUGCCACAGGUCGGCAAAUGCCAAACCAAGUCGCGUCUCCUCCGCCGCCAGAAAAGCACUUCAGAAAUCGAAGCCCAUCGAGUCCAAGAGCCUGGAUAUGAUGAAGAAAAGGAGGAAGUGGAUCAGACGUAUCAAGUACUGAAGCGCGCCAACGAAAUAGCGAAGCCGGGUGGGGGAGGGCCGGUAGUUCGCGUAUCGGCCCCAGAAGAGCCUCCGCCGGCGCGCUCCCCGGCGCGCCCCUCCACUGGCUUGGCUGUGGCGCCUCAACAAAUCUCCUCCAGCUCAGCACCACAUUCACCGCGACGCCAAAAGUUGAAUCUUAGGAUGAAGAGCCUUUCUUUGGAUUCGCCGGAGUGCGGAGACCUGAGGCGACGACCUGCCAGAGACCAGCCCUCGCAGGGCAGCAGAGUUCUAUAUAACCACAAAGAGAAUUGCAUGAGAUAUGGUUCCUUGAGAAUAAGCAACAACACUGUAUAUAAUUAUUCGCAAUCAUCUCCAUCGUCACCGGUGCAUAGCCGACGUCUUCUCAGCACUCGAGGCAUUCGCAUGAGCAGCGUGGAGCUGCCAGACGAGCCAGACAAGAGUCUGUCCUCGAACAGCGCCAGCCCAUGCCCCUCGCCCGUCAAGCAGCCGACGAAACACCAGCGUCUCCUCCCCACAAACCUGUAUGUGAUCCUCUACAACUUCAAGUCCCGUCACGCUGAUGAGCUCGACCUGAAAGCUGGAUACAAAGUGACUGUCAUUGACACAUCCGACCCGGAUUGGUGGAAGGGGAAAUGCCUUGGAAAAGUGGGAUACUUUCCAUCCAAGUACUGCACUAAGCUGCAAGCUGGAGAACGACCAUUGCAAGUCACACAUAACCUACAGGUAUCUGAUGGAGACAACGGGUUGAUGCUGCUGCGUGAUCAGAUCGUGAUCCAAGUCGGUGAUGAAGUUGAUGGAAUGGUGAUGAUCCGCUCCGGUGAUAACCGCCAGGGCGUGUGCCCGGUGAAGUUUCUGCAGGAAGUGUGACGCUUUAAACUGCCGAACUUCAAUGCUUUCCGACGACGCAGCUCCCUCUCAAACGAACCUCGUACCCACUUAGGCCCGCAACCAUCCCACAGCGCCCCAGUCACCCCUUGCGACAGCGACUCUCCCUGGCCAUACUCGGAACACGAAUCGCGGUCAAACAAAGCGAGAUACGAGGCCUCCCUAGAAGGGGUUUGGUGGUGGAAACGACCGCUCGGCGUACGCCGGUCCACUUGCAGGCGAUGUGGGGCCUCUUCAUCAUCCAGGCCGCUACAAAUGAUCCCCUGUGUGCCACAAGAUAUUGGCUAUGACAGACGACCCACUUCGGACGAACGCCCGCUGCAUAUCGCCCGCCAAUUUUACCUUUAAUCUUCCAGUUUUUUUUUCGUCUUAAUAUACAUAAACUUUGUUUUCUUUUUUUGUUCAUUUUAUUAGCGCAUUUAUUUUGGCUGUGUCAUGUGCUCCUGAUGAAUUAUUAUUGCCUGUGUGUAAAUUUUGAUUAUAUGUUUCUGUUGCACGGCCUAUGAUUUUGAAAAUCAGUCCUUCCAAGCUUAGAAUUUACUUUUAAAAGAAUUUAUUACCUAAUUAUAAAUUUACUUACUACGAUGUCUUUAUACAGAGGUAUUAAUGAAAUUGAAACGUGCUAAUUAAUAUAUAACAUAUCAAUUUGUCUUGUACGUGUAUAUUUUAUAUACAAAAACUGUUCUAACGUUUUAUUGAUUUGUAAUUUUAGCUGUCGUAUUAUAUAACGAUAAGAAUUAAUUUUAGUUUUACAAAAAUGUACCUAAAUUGUUUUGCUAUAUUCAUCACUUUCAGUAGGCUCUAAAAAUGUGACGUGAGUUUUCUUACCACGUUUUUAAUACGUUUAUGGGCCUAUAACAGUAAAAAAGUAUUGAUUUUAUCAUAAUCAUAAUAUAGUAUAGAAUUCAGUAACCAUCAAAAAUGAUUCAACCACAAUGCAUUCAUUUCAGUAAAUUUUACGUAAAAGUAAGAAAUCUAUUAUCUCAGGAUGACUAUGAUAAUUGUUAGAUAAUAUUUAGGUAAAUACACCCCAUUGCCCAUAGUACUAUCACCGCAACAUCACAUUACUAUUGUAGGUAAAAUCAGUAUAGAUUAUAACUAAAUGUGAAAUUAUCAAAGUAGAUUAUAUUAUUAAAUUUUAGAGAAAACAAAAAAUAAUAAUUUAUAGUUAUAGAUACAUAGAUACUUGACAUUUUCGGAUAUAAAACUUUAAAAAUACGUAUAUUAUUCACUGUAAAAGUAGAAAUAAAAGCGCAAAAUUUGGCGCGAAUCACGAGUUAGUCGAUGACAAAAAAAAUUAAACGUUUUUUUUUUACGAAAAUUACUAUAAAACAUUAUGUUUAUCCUAAAGUAUUUUAAAAUUUGUACAAUAUACCUUAUCAGAAAAAGAUCUAUAUGUGAAAUAUAUUAAUAGUGAUAAAAAUAUUAUAAUUAUAUCCAUGCCUUAAAUAUAGACGAAUUUGAAUACUUCAAAUCAUAUUAUAAUCGGUUAAUAAUACUAAGUUUUAUAUCCAUUACUUUUUAUAUAUAUUAUGAAAUUAUAUUUAAAUAUAAAUGCUUGAAAACCGCGGUGCUUUUUGAUGGUUAUCUACCAUCCUUGGUUUGCAAAACGCAAUGCAUUUAAACCCUUUUCAAGGAACUCUCAGGGAAAUUGACCUUUUACCUCUUUAUCGUUUCAUAAUAUUACUUUUACACGUUUAAGCCGUCCCCUUAAAGUUUUAAAUAAUGCGAAUAUUGUUAUAUAAAUUAUCAAAAUUGUUAUUAUAAAUCCGUGAGCCCACGUAUGUUGUAAGGAAUAGGUAUUAUACAUAGGUUUACCUAAUAAAUAACCUUAUUAUGCAAAAUAGUAUAUCGUGUAAUUCUAAUUUAGGUAGGUAUAUUUGUUAUAAUUUGCUUUAUAUUACUGUUUUACACUUUUCUGUGGUAAAAACGCGUCCUAAAAAUAUAUGUAUGUAUAU